AACAAACAAGAAAACAUUGUAAAUUAGCUGCUGGUCUUAACUACAACAUUUAAAUAAAUCGCUGGUCAUGCAGAGGAAUCUACUGCUAUUAGCCACCCUCCUGGUGGUUGCUUGGGCUCAUCCCGAGCCUAAACUGCUGCGUGUGCCGUUAAAUAAAUUCACAACAGCACGCCGGCAUUUCGCUGAUGUUGGUACCGAGCUGCAGCAGUUGCGCAUUAAGUACGGCGGGGGUGAUGCACCCGAACCAUUAUCCAAUUAUCUCGAUGCGCAGUACUAUGGCCCCAUAUCGAUCGGGUCACCUGCUCAAAAUUUUAAGGUAGUAUUCGAUACAGGCUCCUCCAAUCUAUGGGUGCCCAGCAAGAAGUGUCACCUGACCAACAUUGCUUGCCUGAUGCAUAACAAAUAUGAUGCCACCAAGUCCUCGACCUACAACAAGAACGGCACCGAGUUUGCUAUUCACUACGGCUCGGGCAGUUUGUCGGGCUAUCUGUCCACAGAUACCGUUAACAUUGCUGGAUUGGAUAUUAAGCAGCAAACCUUUGCUGAGGCAUUAAGUGAACCUGGUUUGGUCUUUGUGGCUGCGAAAUUCGAUGGCAUCCUCGGUUUGGGCUACAGCUCUAUAUCUGUAGAUGGUGUUAAGCCACCAUUUUAUGCUAUGUAUGAGCAGGGAUUGAUCUCCGCGCCUGUGUUCUCCUUCUAUCUGAAUCGCAAUCCUGCGGCACCAGAGGGCGGCGAGAUUAUCUUUGGUGGCUCCGAUCCUAAUCAUUACACUGGCGACUUCACCUAUUUGCCCGUAACACGCAAGGCCUACUGGCAGGUUAAGAUGGACUCUGCGCAGCUGAACGACUUGGAGCUCUGCAAGGGUGGCUGCCAGGUUAUUGCUGAUACAGGCACCUCGCUAAUUGCGGCACCUGCUGCAGAGGCCACAUCCAUUAAUCAGGCUAUUGGCGGCACACCCAUUGUCGGUGGUCAGUACAUUGUUUCCUGUGACUUGAUACCCAAAUUGCCAGUCAUCAAGUUUGUGCUGGGCGGCAAAACCUUUGAGCUUGAGGGCAAGGACUAUAUCUUACGUGUGGCGCAAAUGGGCAAGACCAUCUGCCUGUCUGGCUUCAUGGGCAUGGACAUUCCACCACCCAAUGGUCCGCUCUGGAUUCUGGGCGAUGUCUUCAUUGGCAAAUACUAUACUGAGUUUGACAUGGGCAAUGAUCGCGUGGGCUUUGCCGAUGCCAAGUAAAGUCGCAGCUUUGAACAAAAUUAAUAAUACUAUAUACCUAUAUGUAUACUAAAUUCCAAAUUAAAAAGACUAAACAAUUGAAAAAUUGUAUAUGUUAA